GAAAGAAUGAAGAGCAAGAGAGGGAAAAUCAAAAGAACGAGAGGGAGCGAUCAGCGAUGAAAAUGGAGACGAAGAGAGAGCGUACGAUCGAAGUCCAUGUGGAAGAAGACGACGACUUCCUAUCCCAGGUGGCGGCUAUCGAGGCUAACGCCCUCUCCAUCUCCUCCACCAAGCGCCGAAAGGUCGACCCCGGGGAAGCCUACACCGCCGCUCUCAGAGGCCUCUUUUCGCCCGACAAUUCUCGACGCGGCGUCAAGGUCGACCCUGCGAGAAACGACGGCGUUCACGCUUCUUCUUCGUGUUUCAAAUGCGGGAAAUCUGGCCACUGGGCACGCGAUUGCGAUGCUAUAGGAGUAGGAGUAGGAGCAGGAGCAGGAGAAGGAGGGUAUAAUAGUAAUUUCGGGAGCCACUCGUCGAUGCCUGAGAAGCAAUGCCCCUGCGGAAUGGGACCUUGCCUGGUUCUCACUGCAAAUACGCAAAAGAAUCCGGGCAGAAAGUUUUACAAAUGCCCUCUCAGACAGGAAAAUGGGGGCUGUGGUUUCUUUGAGUGGUGUGACAAUGCUUCUGGAACCAAUGGCAUGGUUGGUGGGAAAGAAAAUUGCGGGUCUAAUUCUUCGUUUCCCGAUCUUCCUUGUCCCUGUGGAGCUGGUUUUUGCCUGAUUCUAACAGCAAAAACUGGGAAAAAUAUCGGCCAGCAAUUCUAUCGCUGUCCUGCAAAUCAGGGAAGUACUUGUGGUUUCUUUAGGUGGUGCAAUGAGCAUAAUGUAGCAACUGAUCAUCCAGUCAGUGCCUCCAAGGCUUGUAAUUACAUGAAUGGCACAUGCAACGAUAGCUAUGGAGUAAGAACUAGUUCUUCUUGCUUUAAAUGUGGCAAGGAAGGGCAUUGGGCAAAAGAUUGCUCCACCCCAUCAUCAAAUUCUCCUGCUCAACUGGGGGGAGAUUCUGCUUCAGCAGGCACUUGUUACAAAUGUGGUAAGCCUAGACACUGGGGGAGGGAUUGCCCCACUCCAUCAUCAAAGUCUCCUGCUCAGUUGGGGAGAAAUUCUGCUUCAUCAGGCACUUGUUACAAAUGUGGUAAGCCUGGGCACUGGGGGAGGGAUUGCCCCACUCCAUCAUCAAAGUCUCCUGCUCAGUUGGGGGGAAAUUCUGCUUCAUCAGGCACUUGUUACAAAUGUGAUGAAUCACAGACAGGACAGACAACUACUGUACUUCAUUGACAAACUCCAAUGAGGUUGUUUGCCUACAAACAAGAGACAUAAACAAACUGGUUGGGAGAUGGAGCUUUAUGGCCAGAGUUUAUUGAAUGCAACAGAACCAAUUACUUUUUAUUUAUUCAUUUUCAUGACAAUUGGUUUCAACCAACUAAAACCAAUGGAAAAAUAAAAAUAAAUAUUUAGAGAGUUU